AUGGAGACGUCGGAGGGUAGUUCAAAUGCUGACCAUGAAAUGAAAACUCCAGACAAAGAGGAAAAUCAAGCAAAUAUCAAAUGUGUUCAUCUCUUUAAUUGUGAUCAAACCUACAAGCUUGAUGUGGUGGAGAAGCUGUUUAAGGCCGUCGAACCAAAACUGAACUUUGCCUUUUCAGUCCAGUCGCAUUACUUUGUCCUUCGAGAUAUGUCUCAGGUAUGUGAAAACAUAACUCGAUUUCCAGACCAAAUCAAGGUGGAUGAUGUUGCUGUCUUUGUGGUCCAUGCACACGAAUCGCGUCUCUCCAUCAAUGAAGAAAACGCUGGCAUUGGAUAUGCAAAGAUCUACAGAACCUUACUUCAAGCAACGGGUGAGAAAUUCUGUUUAGAAAAAUUAAAAUCUGAUGGCUCAAUUAAAAAGUAAAUGGUUUCAGAGAAUUUUACAGAUCAUUCUUUCACGGGUUUAAAAAGAAAAUCCUCCCAAACAUGUUUCACAGAAGUAUCCUAUGGAUUUACAAACAAGGAAUAACAACAGAAGGCGGAAGUAUGUUGUGAUAGUGACGGACAUGUUUUCGUCGCUUUCCAUAAUUCAUUGGGCUUAACUCAGUGGUUUAAUAUACAUUUUAAGAACCUCUUAAUUUUAUUUUACAGGAAGAAAAUGUUAAAGAAAAAGUAGUUUAACUGUUGGAAAAGAGCUCGCCAAAAAUAUCAAAUUAUUUUAAAACUGCAGUGGACAUGUUUCGCUUUCACUUUCCAAAUACAUGUAUGAAGUGGCACUACACGUCAUACACCCUAUGUGACCACAAAGAAAAAUAGACCAGGUAGCCUACGUGUAGCCGCACCCUCCCCCCGUCAAAAGGAAAAACGGAGAGAGGGAGGGUGCGGCUAUACGUAGGCUAUAGACUAGGGUGAGCAUCAGUAUUUUUACCCCCCACCUCCCCCUCAUCCCCCUUCCAAAGGAUUACAUAAGCCGUGCUAGGUCCUCAUGCCCCGUCCCAUUUCCUCUCCCUAAUACAUCGUAAAGAAUAUGACGAACUUAUGCAGGACCUCUAUUUUCAUGUCUCUUAAAAUGAUGCUCACUUUGCCAGCUUUACAGAAGGUGAUAAUCCUUUCCAUACAUCUCCAAUCAUAGCAAAGGAUGGCCAUCUAAAUAAAUAAAUAAAACUUUAAUGGCUUACACAAUUACUGGUUAGUCCAGUAGUUUACAUUGUGGGCCCAAUCUAAAAAUGAAAGUCAAAUUUCACAGAAUUACAUCUUUCAUAUGAAAUUUUCAGAAUUUUUUCCUAGUGUGUUAUCACAAUUCUUGUGAAAUUUGACAUUCAUUUUCUCUGACUUCCACAAAAAAAUUCUCUUUGGUGUUACUACAGAUUAUUUAUUACGCCUUAAACCCUUGAAAAAUGUUAAAAAGAAUCCAAUAUUCUUUAAAUUAUUCUGGUACAACGUUUUUGUCCAAAAAUUAAAAUUACUCAAUUUCCUUUUGGAUACCGUCUUAAAACCUUUAUUGUAACUAGACCUAUACCUCUCUUUGGAGGGUAAGGCGCAAUAAAGUUAUUCCACACAAUGAUUUCACUAUUGACAAAUGUAUUCGAAUAGAAGUAAAAAUAAUAGUAAAAUCCGAGCUCAAGUUUCUUAGUUUCAAAACGAGGUUUCGUACUCGGUACCUUACUUGUGGUAUUAUAAAGGGAUUGGAACUUCUUUCAUCAUCUUAUAGGAGGAAAAGUACUUGUUGUUAUCGGUGGUGAUGAUAGCUACAAGGACCCUGCUGAGGAACAAAGCUCCUUCUUGUCGCGCUGGGCACGGAGAAAAAUUUCCUCUCAGUUUAGCGAGGAAUACUUGGAUGGAAGGAAAAGCUUCAUAUUUUCAUGGGACAAAGAGCACAGAUCAAUUCACGAGGAAACACUAUUGCAUUACUUUAAUCCUGAAAAAAAGGAUGAGAAAUUUGUUCCCGAAAAGAAGGGAGUUGAAGUACCGGUUACUCAAGUGGUUCCCAUACAGGUAUACUGUGUUUUUGUACCUUGUUACAAGUGAAAUUUUGGGACACGUUAAUUAAACCUCUGCUACCCCUAGUUCGCUCACUCCAGUGUCGCGGUUGAACAUUCCCAGCUUAGAUUGAAUGAAAAGGGGCGGUUACUCACUCAUUCGUUUGCUCAGUGCUCACUUAUUUACCAUUUCUUUCUUUACUUUCUUCCUAGAAAGUCGAAACUCAAGAAAGAGCUGAGGCAGAUGUAAAACGCAGUAGGACAGAGGGACAUUCCUCGGACAAGGUUCAAACAGAAACAGAAGCCUUGCAGACGGGUGAAAAAGGACGCGAAGAAACUGAUCUACAGCUGCAAGGGGACGAAAAAGCACUUCAGGAUAGGGAAAUUGUGCCACAUUCUAGCGAGACGGAAGAAAAAGACGAAAAUAUGGAGGAUGAAAACGACGACUAUGUAAUCUUACAAGGUAAGAUGACAUAGGUAUAGGUAGGAUUUUAAGUGUGAAUGUUCCAAAUGGUAAAAAAGGGGUAGCCAAACAAUAAUAAUGAUAAUAAUAAUUUAAUAUUUCAUUGAUAAACGAUUAAUUUCGUUUAAAAAACUGUCAGGGUCAAAGCACUUUUUAAAAUUCAUUUCGAUUAAAAAAAACCCUCUUCAUUUCAAUUAAAAAACUAUUUUCAAACGCAGACGUAUUCUAACUAAAAAAGGAAAUAUAAGAGUGAUAAUAAUGAAUAACUAGUUAAAGUUCACAGUACAGUUGCCCCCGUUCUGUAUAUUGUCGGUCAAUAGUAUUCUUCCUCGUUGUGUAGCUCUUUGAAAUAUACCGAUUCACAAUGAAGAUUUUCACACAUAUUCCAUACAAUAGGUGAGAUAAAUACAGGAAACGCAAGGUUCUAUGCAGAGUUUCAGCUCGAUUUACACAGCUUUGAUCAAAACAUUCUCGGUUUCGAGAAUAGUUUAUUUUAAACCAUAAGAAAAGAUUUAAUUAGAAGUUGAAUAUUUCGCUAUUUCUCUUUCAAUUUUUACAUUCAGUUCAUUUUAUUUGCCGGAAAGUAAGCCUUAGAAAUUAAAAGGACGUUUGAUCGAUUCACGCUCACGCAUUCUAGUCUUAUCCGAAACUUUAUAACGGAAGGACAUCUGUGAGCAGGGAAUAAGUCAGCACAGAUUUGAUUGUCGGCGAAUUUCUGUAAUCGUCAAUCGUUCUGCUAGUGAUAAGCUAGCCGUAGUGAUAAGCUAGCCGUUGCUCAUUGGUCGUGCUUGUUUGGGGCUGAGUCUUAUUCCGGUCAAAGAGGGAGAAAGAGUGUCUGGCAAGGUUUCCAAUAUAAAUCAAAGAUUUGUGACCUCGUGUCUGGCAAACUCUCCAAGUAUUUAUAUAUACACAGUCAUACGCACCUUAUAACCUCAUCUGUCUUUUGGUCCACAACUUUCAAAACAACUGCUCCACAGAAUGUCACUGCGUAACGUAAAAGAGUAUCGAAGUGAAUGACUGCACAAUUAAUGUCACAAAAUCUACCUGAGUGGUCCCUUCGGGAUUUUCUGUCUUUACGUCAUCCUAACCAUUUCGUACUUGCGGGCGCAAACAAUAGAAACGUCAUCAUUACCUACCGAUUCCUCGCGGCCCCUGUUCAAGCAAAUCCAGAUUUUUUCUAUAUUGAAUCUAAGACUGUAUAUUUCAACUGUAAGUACUUUCCUUAAUAUAAUUAUGCGCGAGUUACAAGAGUGCUUCCUCGGGAUUUCGCCUUCUGGGCGAAAUCUGCGGGGGCAAUACAAUAACAAAGUCGAUGAAAAUGAUGAUUUUGGUGGUUAAUUAACAGUAUAUUUAGUACAACAUGGCUCUACAUUUAAAAUAAAUAAGAAAUAAUAAAAGACCACGCACUAGAUCACACUUUCUAUGGGUUUAGCGGCGUGAUCAGAUAACCCACUGAGGAUGUUAGGAGAACACGAGAAAAGCUUGUAAAUCACGAGCCGAAGGCGAGUGAUUUAAAAGCUUUUCGAAUGUUCUCGCAACAUCCCAAGUGGGUUAUCACGCCGGUAAACCCAUAGAAAGUGUGGUCUAAUGCUUUUAUAAUAUAACUUUACGUUUUGUAUAAGUUUACCGGCACAGUAAAACCAUAGGUUUUUAACCAAUCAGAACGCGCGUACUAUCUUAGUUAUUUUAUAAAUUAUUAUAAUACAAGUACUUGUGCUGUCCAUGGUAAAUUCAAUUAGUAUAUACACACUCAGUGAUCUUGGUGAUUUAAGCAAUCCGAUUGGUUCGCUAUCUCGGACUAUUCACUUUCUAGCGAGGGGAUAAUGUAUGAGCUCGGUGUUUUUCCCAUUUUUUAGAAAAAUGAUCUUUUAAAAGUUGACAAAAUGCUAGGGUUGACUUUUUUUUAAGGCUAGAAAAGACUUCGAAGGAUCCAAAACGGCGUUUUUCCAUUUACUGUGGCUUAGUUUUGUGCUCGAUGGAUUGUUUACAACUCCCGUUUAUUCGCGUACAAGAGACAGUUUCGUGAACUCAGCGUUUCCUAAAAAGAAAAAAUUUGGCCCACAAAUUGAAGUAUAUUUAUGACAACAAAUUUGAAAGCAAAUGUUUGCAGAAAUUCUGAGAAUGCUACGUCAGGAAGACGAUGUCUUACCUCGAGCAACCGAGCCGCCAUUUUUAUCAGCACUUUACGCGAAGAACGACACAAAAAACCUUUUUGGGUAUAAAGCUCUACUUUUCUGCUCAGGCAAGGAAACAAUUCAAACUUUUAACGGUUCCAUUUAAGCCAUUACGUACGCUGUUGUUUGCGAAGUGAUAAACUUGUGAAUUAUCAUGUUUGAAAAUUCUGCGAAGAUCUAUUUUUAAACUUUCGCGUGAUUUGAUUCGUACUUUUUAAUGGUUUCCUCUCUGAUUUUGUUGAGAUCACUUCGUGUGUAUAUACUAAAACAAUUUUUCUUUUCAAUCUCGGUGAAUAGUGGCUUUAGGAAUAUUUACCUCGCCGCUUCGCGUCUCCGCAAAUUUUAGCCACUAUUCACCUCGAUUUCAAAGAAUAAUUGUUAAAUAGGUACUAUAAUAAAAAAUAGUCCUCUUGGGCCUAGGCCAAAUGUUGAACUUUUCAUGAGAGGAACCAAAGUUGGUGAGUUAAGAUCAUGAAAAGUUCGACGUCUGGCUCAGUUAAGUUCGUCUGAAUGAGUUUAGCCUGCUAGCAAGCUCUCCAUUUGGGGGAGUCGCAAAUAGUCACUUUCACUCGCGUGUUCUCUCGCGGCUCGCUUCGCUCGCCACAAAUGGAGAGCUUGCUAGUAGGCUAGAGUGAGUUUGGAUCGUCCAACACGUUCUAUCCGUCUGCUUCAGACGGAUAGAACGUGUCUGAAGGUCGUCUCCGGGACAAAUGUUGAUCUUCACAAGCGACGAACUAAACCAAAAACUAAAAUGAGUGAAUGAUCAUGUACAUUUUGCCUCGUUGGGGAGAAAUUUCUUGAAAUGGCUUUUUGGUCUGAUUCAGUGAAUUGGUUCGACGCGUCCUACGUUUGACGUCUGACCCAACAGGCGAUCUUAACUUACUUUAGGCCGACCCAAAUCCCUUGAAAAGUUCGACGCUUGGCCUAGGCCUAAAGAGAGCCAUGAGCUUACUGACAGUGAAUAGUCUCUACAAAAACCACGUGCUUGUUAAACAAGAUCGUUCUUUAAGGCAGUCAUGUUGUGUAUAGCCUACGAACGGCGGACGUUUCUCCUCGCUCAUCGCCGCUGAGGGACGAAACGUCCUUCAGCGGCGAUGAUCGAGGAGGAACGUCUGCCGUUCGCAGGCUAGGACCUUUGAGGCAAAAUAACAAAACUUCCCUUCAACCAUUUUAGACCCUUCCCGGUCCAAAAAAAUCAAUGAAUACAUAAACCCUUAAUUUUUAACUUACUUUUUUUAUUUUGUAGCAGAGGAUUCUUUGCCAAAAACAGAACCUAAACGUGCACGUUUCGAAGGAAUGGAUACAAGUCCCCUACAGGAAAGCAUAGCGAUCCUUAUCCGGGACGAGUCUGAUAUUAAUACCAUAAAGGAAGUCUUUGGUGAUGUGUUACUGGGUAUUAAUCCUUUCACAUCGAGAGAUCCGCGCUCUAUGAAGGAGUUACUCCUCGAGCAAAGUACGCCAAUGAGAUCCUGUUUUCUUAUUGUUGAGUCUAACGAACUAAAAGAGGAACUGCUGACGAAAUCAAGCAGUACUGCAGUGUAUAAAGAGCUACUGAAAACUGCCAAUGGGAUUGUAGGUAAGAAAAUUUCCUCACACUAUUCCCUGCAUACUUCGUUGUUAUACCCAGAGAUUCAGGAAAAGGGCAAGGUGCUCCUCGCUUCCCCUGUUUGAAUUUGAAACCAAUUUGCUUUAAACCCUUAUUACUUGUCGUGCAUGUAGAAAUUUUACGCGUCAUCUCCUUACAAAAACAAUGAAAUUAAACUUAUAGCGAAAUGUUCUGAAGCAUUGUUUAAAAACGGUUCUAGUGUUCCUUCUUUGAAAGAAAUGUGUAUUAACUUUCAUGACAUCAACGAAAAAGGUGUUCUGUUUCACGGGAGCACUCUACGACUUUUUUUCUGUAAAAUAUGUCUUCGGAGAAGCAAAUAUUGCCUAGACUUUUCUGUUUCUUGAGGACGGCUAAAAACUUCUAGAGGACCGUUCGAUUCGUGUUCAAUUUUCGAAGUUCAUCGAAUAAAUUUCCUACAAUCUUAUGAAGUUUAAUUUUUCACAUUUCACUGCUCAGGUUAGGCUAUUUUUUGUACAAAAAAGGAUACCUAAAAUUUUCGAAUUUAAAAAUGUGAUAAAGAAAGGAAUCAGCGCCACUCAGAAUACAUUUCUAGAGAUCUAAAAGUACUCUGGAUAGCCAAAAAUGUGUUUUCUAAUUUAGAAGGAAACCGUCGUUGGGUGCCCCUGUGUUUCAGUAUACUGCCGAACUCAAGGUGCUAUGUGAGCAGAGUGCUAGACCUGUAAUCCGGUAGUUUCAGGUUCUAGUCUCACUGUUGACCCCUGGCUGGACCCGUCACCAAUUGGGAUUCUUAACACUAUAAUGUUUUGAUUCAUGUUUGAAUUAUCGGUUUCAGUUAUUUUAGUGCACUGCUUCACAACGUUUUGUAUUAUAAAAACAUUCAAUGGCAAUGAUGUUGAAACCAAUUUCCAGUUUGUCUUUUCCUUUACAGAGAAGAAGAUUCUUGUGAUCAUUUGCAGUGAAGGAAAAAGCCUUGCUCCUGGUGAAGAAGAAAGCAUCACAGCUACAAUUAUGGGGCUUCUCGGCAAAAAAGGUUUAGUUUUUUGGUGCAGGGAAAACAACCAAACUAAACGACCAAUUGUUAGUCGAUCACACUCUCUUCCAGCUAGCAAUCUUGCUCCCUCAACGCAUGUAGAACGUCCCAUAAACCCUAAAGAGUUUACUUUAGUUUUCAAGACCCGAUUACGCCUUGGAAAGAUUUCAUACGAUGAAAAAGACGUGAAAGUAAGGGCGGAAGGAUGGACAGCUCCUCAGAAGAUGGUCGAGAAUUUGUUGAGAAAGUGGCACACUAUCAGCAACGUUGAGUUGUCAGUAUACCGAGAGAACAAGACUGGAAAUGACCGCACAGUGGUGACUGAGGAUUUGGAGAGCCGAGUGAGUGGACUGGGUGAAAGUUUUAAAGGUGCUUUAGGGCGCGUUGGGCUGCCGAGCUGUGUCGGGGAAAGAGUCGCUGAAGGGACAAACACCAUUGGGGCCGGCGUCACGAGUUUUACAGAGGUCGGGACAGACGUAAUUAACGUCGGGGUUAACGUCUUGGCUGCCAUCACGCAGGUCGGGUCAAACCCAAUGA